GCCGACCCCCUGGACCCCUUCGACCGGGAGCGGCUCUUCGACCUGCUCUUCCGCUCCCAGAGCCGGCGGCUGAACGAGCAGCGCUGCAUCCUGCCCGGCCUGCGGGGGGCGCCCCGCCACGACCCCGCCCGGCCCUGGCGUUCGCUGCCCGGGACCCCCACCGAGGGCCUGCUGGGGGGAGCAGGGAAGUUCUGCUCGCUCACCUCGCUGCAAGCCGAGCAGUUCUUCGAGCUGGUGGCCACGGCCCAGGCCCGGCGGCUGGACGACCAGCGGGCUGACUUCGCGGGGGACCCCGGGGCCGAGGAGGGGGCUGAAGAGGGGGCCAAGGGGCCUCCGGAGCCCCCUGACCAGGGGGAGGAGUUGUACAGCACCAUCCUCACCCACCAG